AUGAGUUACGGAGGUUACAGUGGAUAUAGCAGCAACUAUCGCUCUUCUUAUACAAGUUCACGGCCGUCUGCUUACUCCUCUUAUUCUUCAACUUAUAAUUCAUCCUAUUCCAGUGGUCCUUCAACAAGUUCCUUAGCCAGAACUUCUGCUUACAGAUCACAUUCCACCUAUGGUUUGGGAACGUCAGAUUAUGGAAGUGGAAGGACUGAUUUCAGUAGGAGAAAGUCAGAUUUUGGAACUGAAAUAACAAGCCGUAGAAAGAGUGAAUAUAGUACAGACAAAUCUGAUUUCUCAUCAAGAAGGAAGUCAGAUUAUGGAAGUGAUGCUAGUCGAAGAAGAUCACUGAUAAGUGAAAAAAGUCAGAGAAAGGAAGAAAAACCGGAGUUGAAAACUGAAAAAGAGGAAAAAUUGGAAGAGGAAAUUGAAAAAUCUGAAUCAAAGUCUGUGAAAUGUGAAGCAAGGAUAGCGGAUAUCAAGAAAAAUGAUUUUAAAAGAUCUGUGAGUUUUGAAACUGAUGCAGAUCAGAAUCGUAACCGAGCUCUGAACUCCACUCCAACAAGAAGUAGUGGAUAUGGGAAAUCUUCAUCCUCACAACAACCAGAUAUUGUUUCUAAUUCUAUUAAAUCCAAUCGCUCGCAGGAAGUUACUAGAUUGGAAUCAUUAUGUGAGACCAGAACUAAAGAGCUGAAUCUCGUGAAGAUUGAGUUGAAAUCAACAGAGAAAGCUUUAGAUGCUCUGGCUUGUCUUAUUAGAUACCUUACAGAGGAGCUUGAUGCCUUUUCCUGUCCAAAAGUUAAAACUGAUCUUGCUCAGGCUCAAGAAUUGCAAAAACAAGCUCAGGAACAAAUUGCCGAGCUUCAAAAAGUUAAAAGAGACUUAGAGGAGAAACUAUCAGAAAUAACAAAACAACAGGAAGAAAGUUUGGCAGAAAUUACCAAAUUAAAAUCAGACAUGGUGGCAGCUACAGAGGCCCAUGAAACAGCAGUCAAAGAACUGAAAGAACAACAUGAAAAAAAACUGAAAGAAGAAACUGAAAAAUUAGAGAAGAACCAUACAGCUUCAACAGCAAAAAUGAGAGACAGUCAUGAAAAGAUGCACCAUUUUAUGAAAGUACAAAGCGAAAGAGAGCUUUCGGAUCAAAAGUUCGAGUCCCAGAGCAGAGAAGAUAUGCUGAAAGUUAAACAUCUUGAAGACAUUCAGGAACUCAGAAACAAACAUGAUAGACAAAUGGAAGAAUUACAUCGUCAACAUCGUAAUAAGUUGGAUGAUAUCAACAAAAGUUUUGAAUAUAUCAAAUGUACACUUGGGGAGAAAGUUGAAUGCUUAAGAGGAGAAUGUGAAGAAUUAAAAUAUCGGGCGAAACAAAGUGAAGAUGCAUUGCUACGUGAUACAGAUGUUCGAGUACAGAUGGCUCUAGCACCCUAUAAACACCUCCCUGAAGAAGUUGACAGUCUGAAAGCUGUAGUUGAGAUGAGAAAUGAAGAAAUUCUCAAACUUCGAAAACAAAAGAUGGAUUUAGAAAAACAGCUUGAUGAAUUACCCAUAGCUAGAGAGAAGAUUAUUUCCCUUCAACAGAAAAUUGAAAACCUUGAUGCAAUAGUUAACUUGAAGAGUGGACAUGAAAAACAACUUCAUGAUAAGGUUCAGAUAUUGAUGAGUAAAUACGCUAAGGAAUCGAAGGCCAAUAAACGUUUAUCUAUGGAUUAUGAAGAGCUCAUGUACAAAAUGGCUGCUUCACCAGAAAUCAUGACCACCAGUCAGGAGAGUUUAUUUAAACGUCAGAUAAGUCGUUCUCCACCAGGAAGUGAAUGUAGUUCUCCUGAUCUGAGAAGAAAAGCUAAAUCUCCUUUCGAUAAUGGAAAUGGGGACCAACCAUCACCUAGACGAUCACGUAAAUCUAAUGGUGACCGCAAAUCACAAACUGACGAAUCAUUGGAAAGGAAACUCAAUCGUCGUUCACAAACUUUCGUUUUGGAAAAAAAGAGUUCGACUUCAACAAGUCCACAUCACCUGUCUCCAAGUAAAAUUCCAAAUGGAUCACCAAUGUCAACAUCCUUGGAGUCAGAAGGCAGCCAGGUGCCAGUGGAUAUACCGCCUUCUGAUGCAACUGAUUUGGAUCUUUCUGUCUCUGUCUCACUAAAUGAACUUGGUGUUGCUGCUCUUGAGGACUCUAUGGUCUCCAAUAAUUCAGAUUCUGCUGCCUAUAUUUCUGACUCAGAAGUCUUUGACAGUCCAAUGAAACAAAAACAAAAUGGAGAUGAUGAAGUGGUGGGGAAAUUAGAAUUGGAAACAGACGUGUAA